UGCGGUGAGGGCUCGCGGCCGCCUUCCACACUCCGUCCUCCCGCAGGCUCCCGCCGGCCGUAGCCGUCUCCCGCCGAGAUUGGCGCGCGGGCGGGGGGCAGAGGCGCGGUGAGUGCGCGCCUCUACGGAGCAUUACGGCACCCUCGUUCCCGGCUCCGGCCGCCAGCCCAGCCUCGCCGCCUAGCCUCGCGGGUCGGGAGCCGGGACUGGCGAGCCGCGACGGAGGGAGGGAGCGAGAGCAGUAGCGAGAGGAGCAGGCCGCGCGGGCCCGCGCCCAGCCCGGCGCCGCCACAGCCAUGGCCGAGCGCCGCGCCUUCGCUCAGAAGAUAAGCAGAACUGUAGCAGCUGAAGUUAGGAAGCAGAUCUCUGGACAAUAUAGUGGUUCUCCCCAGCUGCUCAAAAACCUCAACAUAGUUGGUAAUAUAUCUCAUCAUACCACAGUGCCCCUUACUGAAGCAGUAGAGCCUGUGGAUUUGGAAGAUUACCUCAUUACUCACCCUUUAGCUGUGGAUUCUGGACCUCUAAGGGAUUUGAUUGAAUUUCCUCCAGAUGAUAUUGAAGUUGUUUAUAGUCCUAGGGAUUGCAGAACCCUUGUUUCAGCUGUCCCUGAAGAAAGUGAAAUGGAUCCACAUGUUAGAGAUUGUAUAAGAAGUUACACAGAAGAUUGGGCAAUUGUCAUCAGAAAAUAUCAUAAACUGGGAACAGGAUUUAAUCCUAAUACAUUGGAUAAGCAGAAAGAAAGACAAAAGGGUUUGCCUAAACAAGUCUUUGAAUCUGAUGAAGCUCCAGAUGGCAACAACUACCAGGAUGAGCAAGAUGAUCUUAAAAGACGCUCAAUGUCAAUAGAUGAUACUCCAAGGGGUAGCUGGGCCUGCAGUAUCUUUGACUUGAAAAAUUCACUUCCUGAUGCUUUGCUUCCUAAUUUACUUGAUCGAACGCCAAAUGAAGAAAUAGACCAUCAGAAUGAUGAUCAAAGGAAAUCAAACCGUCACAAGGAACUUUUUGCUUUGCAUCCAUCACCAGAUGAGGAAGAACCUAUAGAACGACUUAGUGUUCCUGAUGUACCCAAAGAACAUUUUGGUCAAAGACUUCUUGUAAAAUGUUUAUCACUCAAGUUUGAGAUAGAAAUUGAGCCCAUUUUUGCAAGUUUGGCUUUAUAUGAUGUCAAAGAAAAGAAAAAGAUUUCAGAAAACUUUUAUUUUGACCUUAAUUCAGAACAGAUGAAGGGGUUGUUACGUCCACAUGUACCACCGGCAGCCAUUACCACCCUGGCAAGAUCAGCCAUUUUUUCUAUAACUUAUCCUUCCCAAGAUGUCUUCCUUGUGAUAAAGCUGGAAAAGGUCCUACAGCAAGGAGACAUUGGAGAGUGUGCAGAACCAUAUAUGAUUUUCAAAGAAGCUGAUGCCACCAAGAAUAAGGAAAAAUUGGAGAAACUGAAAAGUCAAGCUGAUCAGUUUUGCCAGAGACUUGGGAAAUACCGUAUGCCUUUUGCCUGGACUGCAAUUCAUUUAAUGAAUAUUGUUAGUAGUGCUGGGAGUUUAGAAAGAGAUUCUUCAGAAGUAGAAAUAAGUACUGGAGAACGAAAAGGUUCUUGGUCAGAGAGGAGGAAUUCCAGUAUUGUUGGUAGACGGUCACUUGAAAGGACAACUAGUGGGGAUGAUGCUUGCAACUUGACCAGCUUUCGACCUGCUACUCUCACUGUGACAAAUUUUUUUAAGCAGGAAGGAGACCGCUUAAGUGAUGAAGAUCUGUACAAGUUUCUUGCUGAUAUGAGAAGGCCGUCUUCUGUCUUGAGGCGGUUGAGACCUAUUACAGCUCAGCUGAAGAUAGACAUUUCUCCUGCCCCUGAAAAUCCUCAUUAUUGCCUAACCCCAGAGCUGCUUCAAGUGAAACUUUACCCUGACAGCAGAGUCAGACCUACCAGAGAAAUUUUAGAGUUUCCUGCCAGGGAUGUCUAUGUUCCAAACACUACUUACAGGAAUCUGCUCUACAUAUACCCUCAAAGUCUUAAUUUUGCCAAUCGUCAAGGUUCUGCCAGAAAUAUUACAGUGAAAGUUCAAUUUAUGUAUGGAGAAGAUCAGAGUAAUGCCAUGCCGGUAAUCUUUGGUAAAUCUAGCUGUUCAGAAUUUUCAAAGGAAGCCUAUACAGCCGUAGUAUAUCAUAACAGGUCUCCUGAUUUUCACGAGGAAAUCAAGGUUAAACUCCCUGCUACUUUGACUGACCACCAUCACUUGCUUUUUACUUUUUAUCAUGUUAGCUGUCAACAGAAACAAAAUACUCCUCUUGAAACCCCAGUUGGAUAUACAUGGAUACCAAUGCUUCAGAAUGGACGGUUGAAGACUGGACAGUUUUGCCUACCUGUCUCACUGGAAAAACCACCACAGGCUUAUUCUGUGCUCUCUCCAGAG